AAAUAAGAAAUUUACUCCGCGGUCAAAAACUUCUAAAACAGGUCGCCACUCCCCCACCCACUCUCUCUCUAGAUUAUAACAUCGUCUCUCAUCAAACCCUAGCAUUUUCGUUCUCUACCAUCUAUUCAUUUCUCUCUCUAGAAACCCCAAUCGUCAACUCCUCCGCCAUGUCUUCCAGGAGGCUCCUAGCCUCGAUCCUCCGAUCGUCCGCCGCACGCCGCACCAGAUCUCCAUUCCCAUCCGCCCCGAGGCCCAGCCCCCGCCCCUCUCCCGCCGGCCACUUCCUCCAUCGCGUCGCCGCCCACUACGCCACCUCCGCGGCUGCUGCUCCCACCACCACCCCGUCCAAAUCUCCCAGCGGCGUCUUCAGCGGGAAGAUCACUGAUGAGUUCACAGGUGCUGGAUCGAUCGGGAAGGUGUGCCAGGUCAUCGGUGCUGUCGUCGAUGUCAGAUUCGUCGACGGCUUGCCCCCGAUUUUGACGGCGCUUGAGGUCUUGGAUAAUCAGAUCAGGCUUGUUUUGGAGGUCGCUCAGCAUUUGGGAGAGAACGUUGUGAGGUGUAUCGCUAUGGACGGUACUGAGGGGUUAGUCAGGGGCCAGCGCGUGCAUAACACUGGCUCACCUAUUACUGUACCUGUCGGCAGAGCCACUCUAGGUCGCAUCAUUAAUGUCAUUGGAGAGCCCAUUGACCAUAGAGGCGAUCUUCACACCGAGCACUUCUUACCAAUUCACCGUGAAGCUCCGGCCUUUGUGGAGCAAGCAACCGAACAACAAAUUCUUGUCACUGGUAUCAAGGUCGUCGACCUUCUUGCCCCAUACCAAAGAGGAGGAAAGAUUGGGCUGUUUGGUGGUGCUGGAGUCGGGAAGACCGUGCUUAUUAUGGAACUUAUUAACAAUGUCGCAAAAGCUCAUGGUGGUUUCUCUGUCUUUGCUGGUGUUGGAGAACGUACUCGCGAGGGCAAUGACUUGUACAGAGAAAUGAUUGAAAGUGGUGUCAUUAAGCUAGGUGAAAAGCAGUCUGAGAGCAAGUGCGCUCUAGUGUACGGACAAAUGAACGAGCCCCCGGGUGCCCGUGCCCGUGUUGGACUUACUGGAUUGACCGUGGCUGAACACUUCCGUGAUGCUGAAGGGCAGGACGUGCUUCUCUUUAUCGACAACAUUUUCCGUUUUACACAGGCUAACUCAGAAGUGUCUGCUUUGCUUGGUCGUAUUCCUUCUGCUGUCGGUUAUCAACCUACUUUGGCUACUGAUCUUGGAGGCCUUCAAGAGCGUAUUACUACAACUAAGAAAGGUUCCAUUACAUCUGUCCAAGCCAUUUACGUGCCAGCUGAUGACUUGACAGAUCCUGCUCCUGCAACCACCUUUGCUCAUUUGGAUGCCACUACUGUGUUGUCUCGACAGAUUUCUGAGCUUGGUAUCUAUCCUGCCGUUGAUCCUCUUGACUCGACAUCUCGUAUGCUUUCCCCGCAUAUCUUGGGAGAGGGGCACUACAACACUGCCCGUGGUGUACAGAAGGUUCUUCAGAACUACAAGAAUCUUCAAGAUAUUAUCGCCAUUCUUGGAAUGGAUGAGCUAAGUGAAGAUGAUAAACUGACAGUUGCACGUGCUCGUAAGAUUCAACGAUUCUUGAGCCAACCUUUCCAUGUCGCAGAAGUUUUCACUGGUGCCCCUGGCAAGUAUGUUGAGUUGAAGGAGAGUAUUGUCAGCUUCCAGGGUGUGUUGGAUGGAAAGUACGAUGAUCUUUCAGAACAGGCAUUUUACAUGGUUGGAGGAAUCGAUGAGGUUAUUGCCAAGGCUGAGAAGAUUGCCAAGGAAUCUGCUUCUUAGAUAAUAGAUAAUUGUUUUUUUAACGAAUUCCUUUUGUUCUGCUUCGACUGAUAAUCGCGAAAAUAAUUAAGUUAUGGCGAUGCCAUAAGGAGUUUUUCUUUCUUUUCUUCUUUUUGGGACCGAACUUUCGAAAUCAAUAUGUUCCUGUUUUGUAUGUACUCUGCGGGAAAGUGAUACAGAUGUGGAGCUAAGAGGCCCUCCCUACUGGCUACAUAGCCUCCAUUUGUUUUUAAUUUUUAUCGUGUGCCUUAAUAAGAAGUGUUUACGAUGGCAAAUUUGUAUAUUUUCGUUUCAA